ACUUCAGACAUAAAUCUUAAUACUUUACACUGUUUGGCAACUGUCCAAUGUGUCAUUAUUUGCUAUACUUAUCCACUGAUGAAAUAAUUGCUGAAGAAAUCUAGGAGUAAUUUCUAGCAAUUUAUCAAUUUUAUGCAUUGUUUAUCUCAUAAUGAGUGAUGUGAUUGAAGUGAAUUGUCUGACAGUUGAGAAUUUAAGUAAUAUGAUAGACAAUCUGAAUGAUAUAAAUGAGUCUAUAAAGAAAAUAACUGGCAUACAUUAUUAACUAUUUUGUUAAUCUAUUUCACUAUUGAUUUACAAAGGAUACAUUCACACAAGUUCAAGUUUAUUCUUGAAGUUUUUCCCAAAAGAUCCAGCAACAAGCAUGGAUAGUGGACAUUUUUCAGAUGACUUGAGUUCCAGUUCUCAAGGCCUUCCUCCUGAUUAUCGCCUUCUCAUGGCAGAAAUGAAAGCACAGAAUUUUGAUGUCAUUAGAUUCUCCUCUUAUCGUACAGCAUGCAAACUAAGAUUUAUUCAGAAGAGAACAAAUUUGCAUUUAGUAGACAUCUGGAAUAUUAUAGAAGCAUUCCGUGAAAAUGGCUUGAACAUUAUAGAACCUAAAUUGGAUGUUCCCAUAUCCCGUUUGGAAACUCUUAUAUCUUCAAUAUUCUUCCAAUUAAAUAAAAGGCUUCCAUCAACACAACAAAUUGAUAUAAGUCAAAGUAUAUCAAUGUUACUUACUUGGUUAUUAGUCACUUAUGAUCCAGAAGAGACUGGUAAGAUUCAUGUGAUGUCCAUAAAAGUAUCUUUGGCUACAAUGUGUGCAGGAAAGCUAAUGGAUAAAUUACUUUAUAUAUUUUCUUUAAUCUCAGACCAAAAUGGACAUCUUGUGUUUAGUAAAUUUUCUGAUUUUAUAAAAGAAAUUUUAGCUCUUCCAUGCUCAGUUUUAGAAUCUCCUUCAUUUUGUUAUAGUGAUGGUUUAGCCAGUACUAUUUUUGAUGGGCAAGCAAAAAUUAAUGUAAAUGAUUUUUUGGAUACCUUAAUGUCAGAUCCAGCCCCACAGUGCCUUGUAUGGUUUCCUUUAUUUCAUAGAAUGGGCAAUGUAGAGAAUGUUCUACAUCCUGUUCAAUGUGAUGGUUGCAAUCGUGAAGCAUUUUUAGGUUUUCGAUAUAAAUGUCAACGUUGUUAUAAUUAUCAAUUAUGCCAAGAUUGUUUUUGGAGAGGAAGAGUCUCUGGAAAUCAUACAAAUCAGCAUGAGAUGAAAGAAUAUACUCAUUAUAAAUCUCCUAGAAAACAAAUAGGACAUUCAAUUCGAAAAUCAUUUAAAUGUGUUCCAGAAAAGCAAACAAAUUCUAUUCCAAGAUUUCCAGAAGAACCUGAAAAUACUUUAAAUUUAUCUCAUAUAGUGCCACCAUCUCCUAUACCUAGUCACAAUGGAUUUCCAGAUACUGGCAAUCUUUCUUUUGAUUUAUCAUCUUUAGAUAGUAGAUCAUCAACAAAAAGUCCAUUUCGUAGUUUAGAUUCAUUUCGUGGAGAUGAUGAACAUAGGCUUAUUGCGAGAUAUGCAGCUCGACUUGCAGAUUCCCAUAAUAAUGUUAGAAGUCCUUCAGACAUAAAUUUAACUGUGGAUAGCGGAAGACAGAGAGAUUUAAUUGCUCAAUUAGAAGUCAAAAAUAGAGAGAUUAUGAGAGAAAUUAUUAGAUUAAGAAAACAACAGGAACAGGAAGAUGCAGUGAUGAGAUCAGAACAGAAUCCAACGUUGUUGGCAGAGUUGAGAGCUUUAAGGCAAAGGAAAGAUGAAUUAGAAUCUCAUCUGUCAAGUCUUCAAGAAAGUAGAAGAGAAUUAAUGGUGCAACUUGAAGCUCUCAUGAAACUACUAAAGAAUCAUCAAACUUCACCUCGAUCUACCCCAAACAGUUCGCCUCGAUCAGGAACUUCUAAAUCUCCACCGCUGUCGACUCCGUACCCUUUGUCCUCAUCAAAGAGUGCCCCGACGACUCCUGGAAGUUGUGCCCCAACUACCGACAGUAUGACUGGAACGGGUAAUGAUGGCAGACUAUCAUUUGGCCAGCAAGGAAGUACCCGCAGCUUGAGAAAUGACUUGUUAGUGGCUGCGGAUUCUGUAACCAAUGCAAUGUCAUCUUUAGUCAGAGAACUGAAUUCGGAUUCAGAUGAGGAAGGAGCAGGUACCAGCAAAGUACUAAGCAGCAGUAGAGAUUUUGAAACUGAAGACACAGAAAGUGCUGUAGAAAGUCUGGAAGGAGGGGGAACUCUGUGGCGCGAAGAACGACACCGAGCACAAGAGAGCAAAUUCAUGGCUGAAAUUCAUGCUCGGAAUAUGUUGGCGGCUGAAGAUAAUGAAAACAUAAAUGAAGAAGAGGAUGAAGAAUUAUAUGAUAAUGAUCCUAGAGAUCUCGAUAUGUUUCAUCAUCAUUCUUCGAUGACAACGGACGAUGAAAGCUACGUUCGAACAGAUGAUGACGAAGAAGGUGGCAAUACUGACUGGGAAGAAACAAUGCGACGCUGGGUGAACCGUUAAAACUGUCAUCAUGAAACAAAGCCAAAGUCUUCUCGGCCGCAUCAGAUUUGUUAUGGGACUAUUUUGAAGAUUCGAGCAUAGUUUGGAGCUCACUUGCAGAUGACCAUGAUUGCAACUUCUCAUUUAUAAUAGUGAUGGGUUUGAAAAGUUAAUCUCCUUUUAUGAUAGGAAGUAAUGAAAAUUACAAAUUUAAAUUUUUAAUUGAUUUAAUCAAAAAUAACAUAUCAGGUUAAUAAUAAGAUUUCCAAAAUAAGGGAUCAAUUGCAAAACAGUUUUUAACAGUGUUUAAUAUAUUUUUUAAAUUGUUCUCACCUUCAAAAAAAUUAAUUAAAUUGAAUUUAAAAUUAUUUUAAGCUUAUUGAAACUAAUUU